AUGGCUCCUACGAAGACUUCACAUGCUUUGGAAGAUCCAGAUUUUUCCUUAUUCAGCAUGCACCCACCCCCAUCCCUCGAAGCCAGCGAAGACAUGAUCCCUCUACAUCCAUCUGCGGCCGAACACGCCUCCGCCAACGACAGUGACUCUCCCUCCUCCGACUCUUCACCAUCCCCAUCCCGCAAACCCACAACUUCCCGAUCACGAGCGAAGAAGGCCCGCAAAGCCGCACAUCGCAACCAGAACUCCAAACCCUCGCUGCGACCCGCCAAAGACGUUCUCUCCCGCAUCCGGCACGACCCCUCGCUCCACGAGUCCGAUUUCGUCGUCGGCUAUAUUGACCGCCACGCGCCCGAGAUGAUGGAAAUGGACGUCUCGGCGUGGAAAGGGGGAGUGGCCGAUGUGACUGACGAGGAGUGGAUCCCGCAGCAUCGGAUCAUGUAUUUUAGGAAGAAGGGGGACGGGGAGGGAAGGAGGGUUUGGGAUCGCGCGACGAGGUUGGAUAGGCUUUUUGGGAGUGGUGUGGCGCUUGUGCCCGCUUUGGAGGAGGUGCGGGAGGGUAAGAAGCCCAAAGAAGACGAAGUUGGUGUUGCGGCGGACGAGUCGGAAGAUGGCGGCAAUGCUCACGUGAUGAGCGAGAAUGAUUCAUCGUGA